AUGGAUAAAAGCAAAAUCAGAAACUUCGCUAUCAUUGCUCACAUUGACCACGGCAAAUCAACUUUAGCCGACCGCAUUUUGGAACUAACCCAAACGGUCAGUCAGCGCGAACUAAAGGCUCAGCACCUUGAUUCGAUGGAACUGGAGCAAGAGCGCGGCAUUACCAUCAAACUCAACGCGGUUCAGAUCGUUUACAAAAACUAUCUCUUUCACUUGAUUGACACGCCUGGUCACGUUGACUUUGGUUACGAAGUUUCGCGUUCGCUGUCGGCUUGCGAAGGAGUGCUCCUAGUCGUUGACGCGGCUCAAGGUAUUCAAGCCCAGACUUUAGCCAAUGUUUACUUAGCGAUUGAACAUAAUUUAGCGAUUAUUCCAAUCAUCAACAAAAUUGAUUUGCCAACCGCCGAUCCUGACGCGGUCAGCCAGCAGCUUUCCGAGACGCUCGGAAUUAAGCCCGACGAGAUCAUCGCCAUUUCGGCUAAAACAGGUCAAAAUUUACCGGCCGUGAUGGAAGCCAUCAUCAAGCGCAUUCCGCCGCCAAUUAACGCUGACGACGCUUUGCCGCUCCAAGCGCUCGUGUUUGAUUCUUACUACGACACUUACCGGGGCGUAAUUUGCCUAGUCAGAAUUUUUGGCGGGCAAAUUAAGGUCGGCGACAACUUUAAAUUUAUGUCAAGCGGCGAAAAGUUUGAAGUGACCGAACUCGGUAUCAAAAACCCCCAGGAAGUUAAACGUUCGCACCUGGAAGCGGGCGAAGUCGGUUGGCUAGCCGCCGCGAUUCGCUCGGCCCAAAGCGUGGCCGUUGGCGACACGAUUACGUUGGUUACUAACCCAGCUCAACAAGCUCUGCCGGGUUUUAAAAAACUUAAGCCGGUUGUCUUCACUGGUUUUUACCCGCUUGAUAACGGCCAGUACCCGCAACUCCGCGACAGUCUGGAAAAAAUCGCUCUCAGCGACGCGGCGAUUGUUUACGCGCCCGAAACUUCCCAAGCGCUUGGCCACGGCUACCGGAUCGGUUUUUUAGGCCUUUUACACAUGGAAGUUUUACAGCAACGUUUAGAGCGUGAGUUCAAACUCGACCUUGUAACGACCGCGCCAACCGUUAGUUACCGGAUUAAACUGACUGACCAACGCGAGUUAACGAUCGAAAACCCGUCGCUCUGGCCCGACAAGUCGCGGAUCUUAGCCACACUCGAACCUUUUAUCAAGGCGGAAAUUAUCGUGGUCGAGAAGUACCUUGGUCAAGUGCUUGACCUGUGUCAGUCGCGCCGGGGAACUUACUUAAAGAUGGAGUACCUUGACCACCUCCGUCGGAAGGUGAUUUACCGCUUACCGCUCGCGGAGGUGAUUUUUGAUUUCUUUGACCAUCUCAAGUCGUUAUCAAAAGGCUACGCCACUUUUGACUACGACUUUGAUGCUUACCAAGCCAGCAAACUGGUUAAAGUUGACAUUUUGCUGAACGGCGAACCUGCCGACGCCUUCGCCUUCAUCGCUGAGAAAGAACGCGCUUACUCGCGCGCCCGCCAGUUAGUUGAGAAACUCAAGCAAGUUAUUCCGCGUCACAACUUUGAAAUUCCCGUUCAGGCGGCAAUCGGUGCCAAAGUGAUUGCUCGCGAAACGAUCAAGGCUUUCCGAAAGGAUGUGACGGCCAAGCUCUACGGAGGCGACCGCACGCGGCGCGACAAACUGUUAAAAAAGCAGAAAAAAGGUAAGCAACGAGCGCGACAGUUCGGGGUUGUUAACGUGCCUCAGGAAGCGUUUUUAGCCGUUUUAAAAACCGAUCACGACAAGCACCGUUAA